AUGGCUGGCCGAGUGACGAUGGGCUUGAAGGGGGCGCGCCGUAGUGCAAGGUGGUGCAAGGUGCAAGGGGGAGCCAUCGUGCAGGAAUCGGCCGUCCUCUUCGAUGAUAGGUGUCUGAGCGAGGGCAGAGCUGAGAAAGAGUUACGAUGCUUCGGCCCUUCAGACCUAUUGGCGGUGGUUUCCCCUCUUCGCUUCCUAUAUACGUGCAUCUGGCCUGGAUCGAUCAUGAGACUGCAAGGCUCAACAGUCAACAGUCAACAUCGCUCUAGGCGGCAGGGAUAUACACCUUCUGCCUGCUGCAUAAGGGAGAUUCUCAUGUGA